UUCCUUCAUUCGCCAAAUAAGAAAUAACAAUAUCCAAAACCAUACUUGUCACACUUCAGCUUCAUCCGUAUUUCAUCGUAACACAACACUUGCACUUCAACUUCCAGAUCCAUCUUGCUCUGAUCUGCUCUGCUUCCAUGGCCACCGUACUCGAAUCCCUAGCCGUUGUUCCUCGCUCUUCUUCCCUCCCUUCCGCCGUUUCCUUCUCUCCGAUCACCGCCCGCCGGAGCUCUGUCAAGUUGCCGCACUACGCAGGCCUCAAGCUCAGACCCAUCACCGCCACUCGCUCCGCUGCUUCGUACACUUCAAGAAUCGUUACUCGCAGUGGACGAGUCCUGUGCGAGGCUCAGGAUACCGCUGUCGAUGUGGCUCCUAUUACUGAUGCAAAUUGGCAAUCACUUGUACUCGAAUCUAAAUCUCCCAUUUUGGUUGAAUUCUGGGCUCCAUGGUGUGGUCCCUGCCGAAUGAUACACCCUAUAAUUGAUGAGCUAGCAAAGCAAUAUAUUGGGAAGCUCAAGUGUUACAAACUCAAUACUGAUGAGAGCCCUUCAACUGCUACUCGGUAUGGGAUUCGAAGUAUUCCAACUGUUAUGAUAUUCAAGGAUGGUGAGAAAAAAGACACAGUUAUUGGUGCUGUGCCCAAGUCAACAUUGACCACCAGCAUAGAAAAAUUCUUAUGAGGUGGUAAGAGAAGGCCUUUGCUAGAAGUAAAGCUAUUUUUCCUAUUAGCUUCUUCUCUUUGAAGCCAAUGUCUAAGUUUCUAAUUUGCUUACUUAAAUACUCAUUUAUGCUCCUGUAUAGUUAUCGGAUACAACCUUACUUUCUUUUUUGAGAAUAUUCUAGUUACCUAUAUGCUAAGUAAAUUUGCCAUUAAAUUAUAGCACGUUUUAAAUUGAUUUUACA